ACAUUGUGGCUUCUCUUUUGCAUUCUGUUUCUUCUCGGAAAUUGAGAGAGAGGGAAUUUGAAGUGAGAAGCUUCGUUUCAGAAUUUUUGUAUUCGCUCCAUCAUAGAUUGUUGUUGACUUUGAAGAUUUACACAGACCUCUGCCAUACACACAGAGAGCUUCUGUUUUUGUUCUCUCUGUUUUCUAUCAUAUACACAUAUUGGAAAAAGAAAAGCUUUUUGUUUGGGACUCUGCAGUUCGGGAACUUCACGAUCACUUUGAUUUGGCUCUUCGAAGGUGAUCUGUGUCAAAGGAUUUUGAAUUUUAUCCGAGUUGGAUGCAUGAUUCGGUGUUGAAGAAGGGUGAGGCGAGGUUUUUUCCUUGUUGGAUAUGAAGAGGUCCAGAGAUGAUGGUUAUAUGAGCUCUCAACUUAAACGGCCCAUGAUGUCUUCCCGGGGAGAAACAUCGGGGCAGCCCCAGAUGAUGGAUGGAGGUGCUCAAAAACUCACAACAAAUGACGCCUUAGCAUAUCUCAAGGCAGUAAAGGAAAUUUUUCAAGAUAAAAGGGAAAAAUAUGAUGAUUUUUUAGAAGUCAUGAAGGAUUUCAAGGCUCAAAGGGUUGAUACUGUGGGUGUCAUAGCAAGAGUGAAGGAACUGUUUAAAGGGCACAGAGAUCUAAUUUUGGGAUUUAACACCUUCUUGCCGAAGGGGUAUGAAAUCACACUUCCUUUGGAGGAUGAACAACCUGUACAAAAGAAGCCUGUUGAAUUUGAAGAGGCUAUAAAUUUUGUCAACAAAAUUAAGUCUCGCUUUCAAGGUGAUGAUCAUGUCUACAAGUCGUUUCUAGACAUAUUGAAUAUGUACAGAAAGGAAAACAAGUCUAUCUCUGAGGUCUACCAGGAGGUUGCUUCACUUUUCCAUGACCACCCAGAUCUUCUUGAUGAGUUUACUCACUUCCUUCCUGAUACUUCAGGAACGGCAUCUACACAUUAUGCUCCUUCCCGGAGCUCUAUGCUUCGGGAUCGGGGCUCUGCAGUGCCAAGGCAAAUGAGUGUUGAAAAGAGAGAAAGGACUGUGGAUUCUCAUGGUGAUCAUGACCUUAGUGUUGAUCGUUCUGACCCAGAUCAUGACAGAGUUGUGAUUAAGGCAGAAAAGGAGCAGAGGAGGCGUGCUGAGAAGGAAAAGGACCUCAGAGAAGAGAGGGAUAGGAGAGAUGGGGAACGGGAUGAUAGAAAUUAUGGGCCUGAUAGUAGCCGAGAUUUUAACAUGCCGCGCUUCCCCCCCAAACGGAAAUCUGGUCGUAGGAUUGAUGACACUGGUGCUGAACCAUUGCAUCAAGGUGGUGACUCUGAUGAAAAUUUGAGCAUGCGCCCGAUGUCAUCCGCCUGUGAUGACAAAAGUUCUGUGAAGAGUAUGUAUAGUCAAGAGUUUGCUUUCUGUGAAAAAGUCAAGGAGAAAUUGCGAAAUCACGAUGUUUAUCAGGAAUUUUUGAAGUGUCUACAUAUCUAUAGCAGGGAAAUAAUUACCCGGCAAGAAUUGGAAUCCUUGGUGGGUGAUUUACUGGGAAAAUAUCCAGACCUUAUGGAGGGGUUUAAUGAAUUUUUGUCCAGAUGUGAGAAGAAUGAUGGAUUCCUUGCCGGUGUAAUGAAUAAAAAGUCCUUUUGGACUGAAGAGAUUGCAUCUAAGCCAGCAAAGGCAGAGGACAAGGAUAGAGAUAGAGCUCGAGAUCAUGAUAGGGAUGAUCGGGUUAAAGAAAGAGAUCGCGAACUGCGAGAAAGGGACAAAUCUUCUCCUUUUAUUAGCAAGGAUGUAUCAGGUCCUAAGAUGUAUCCAUUUUCCAGCAAGGAUAAAUAUUAUGCAAAGCCUAUAAACGAGCUAGACCUUUCUAACUGUGAGCAAUGCACUCCCAGCUACCGUCUCCUACCAAAAAAUUAUCCAACACCCACGGCCAGCCAGAGAACUGAGCUUGGUGCUGAAUUAUUGAAUGAUCAUUGGGUUUCUGUUACUUCAGGAAGCGAAGAUUAUUCUUUUAAGCACAUGCGCAAAAAUCAGUAUGAAGAGAGCCUGUUUAGAUGUGAAGAUGACAGGUUUGAACUUGAUAUGUUGUUAGAGUCUGUGAAUGUGACGACAAAGAGAGUGGAAGAGCUCUUAGAAAAGAUCAAUAAUAAUAUUAUUAAAGCAGACAGCCCUAUUCGUAUUGAGGAGCACUUGACAGCUCUAAAUCGAAGGUGCGUUGAACGAUUAUAUGGUGAUCAUGCACUUGAUGUGAUGGAGGUGUUGAGAAAGAAUGCACCUCUAGCUUUACCUGUCAUAUUAAGCCGUUUGAAGCAGAAACAAGAAGAGUGGGCUAGGUGUCGUGCAGAUUUUAAUAAAGUUUGGGCUGAAAUAUAUGCUAAGAAUUAUCAUAAAUCUCUUGAUCAUCGCAGCUUCUACUUUAAGCAACAGGAUACAAAAAGCUUGAGCACAAAAGCCUUACUGGCUGAAAUAAAAGAAAUUAGUGAGAAGAAGCACAAAGAAGAUGAUGUUCUUCUUGCAAUUGCUGCUGGAAAUAGACGACCUAUUAUUCCAAAUUUGGAAUUUGAGUAUCCAGACCCAGAUAUUCAUGAAGAUCUGUAUCAACUCAUAAAAUAUUCCUGUGGAGAAGUUUGUACAACUGAACAGUUGGAUAAAGUCAUGAAGAUUUGGACAACGUUUUUAGAACCAAUGCUUGGCGUUCCUUCUCGACCCCAGGGUGCUGAGGAUACAGAAGAUGUUGUCAAGGCUAAGCAUAAUUCUGUGAAAGGUGGCACUGGCAAUGCAAGUUUUGGUGGCAGUGAUAGUAGUCCUGUUGUAGUUGCAAAUGUAAUGAACUCAAGACAAUUAAAUACAUCUGGAAAUGGGGAUGAAAGUAUUUCAUUAGAAAAGUCGAAUUCCAAGACUGAAACUUUGGAUUACAGUAAACGUCAUGAGGCAACGCAUGUAAAUUCAUCCAUGCAUGAUGAGGUAUCAGUCGCCAACAAACAAGGUCAUUCCAACGAGCGGUUAGCAAAUGUGAAUGCCUCGAUGGCUUCUGGAAUGGAGCAAAGUAAUGGGAGAACAAAUAUAGAUAAUGCAUCAGGGCUUACUGCUACUCCAUCGAGACCUGGUAAUGUUGCAGCUGAGGGAGGACAUUUUCCUUCAACAGAGGUAUGGCUUAACUCUUUGAAAAAAUCCU